UAUUUUCCUCUUUCUUCCUCCUUCAUUUAGCCGGUGGUGCUUGUGCGGUGAACAUUGUUGUACGUUGUGCGUAACACGUGCUUAUUUUUGAUUCUUCUUUCAAGUUUUCCACAAAAAAACUAAAAACUUACAAUGGCAGACGCAGCCGUCGAAAAGAAGGAUGCCGCUCCCGAGGAGGUGACCUCAACAGAGACCAAGGAGUCUCCAGUCAAGAAGUCCCCUGCCAAGAAGGUUGCAGAGGCACCAGAGAGCAACGGCAAGGAGGAGAAUGGCAGCGGGGAUGCACCAGAUGAUGCUCCUGCUGAGAAUGGAGAUGCCGAAGAAAGUAAUGAUGCCACAGAAAAUGGUGAUGCCACAGAAAAGAAAGAGGCCGCCGUGAAGAGGAAAUCUGUGGCCGCCGACAACGGUGAGGAGAAGACCACGCCAGAGAAGAAGGCGAAAGUAGCGGAGGAGGCCCCCGCCCCCGACGUCGAGGAGGUCGCAGCCUAAAACCACCCGCGCGCCAUCGCUUGGUUUACUGCAAUGCAUCUACGUUCAUUAGGGCUCAACUCCCCCCACACACUAACAUAUCCUUUUAUACUACAGUAUAUUUCAUAUGCCAAAAACAAUUUAUACAGUUUUAUAUGUCGAUCUGAUUAUUAUAGACGAGUUGAGCUCUUUUGUGACCACACUUAUGUUUAGGUUUAUAAUACAUUGUGUAUUAAACUUACCUGUGAAGUACCUGUAAAGUGUAAAUUAAUGUUGAUACUGUCAGUCGCGACUAAGACGUGCAUCGCAGUGAACUGAUCUCUCGCUCGGACUAGGUGUUGUAUGCUGUUUUUGCGUAUUGGUGUCUAUUUCAACAGACUACUGUAGAGAUGGGUUUAUUGAAUUGAUGAAAGUUCAGCCUAAGUCGGUAUUGGAUACUUCAUUUCGCCAGUAAAAUACUGCCAAAGUAAUUCAUUCACCCCGAGUGAAAUCAAUUCAGGAUCCGUUCUGUGAACGACGCGUUUUAAUAAAAACAGCUUCCGAAAAACAAGGAUUUAUAGAUAAACUAAGAUUAAUUAAAAUGUUUAGAUAAUUCAGUUGUAAAUUUAAGUUAGCCGUUAAAUGUCGCACAUUUAUAUAUUUCAUAGGCAUUAUUACUUAACCAUUUAAACAUUCCUUUGACACUUCGGUUAUGGCUUGCUUUGUGAACAGCAGGAAGCUUCCCCGUGUGUCGGGGAGAGUUUGCGUCGUGCGACCCUUGAUGACUCUAAUAUCUGUCUAACUUAAUAGGAGUAAAUUCAUUCUGGCGCACGGGGUUGAACAUAAUACUAAGUAAACCGUUCACAUUGCGACAUUAAUUUUAAGUUUUGGAAUUUAAAGUUCAAAGUUGACAAAUAAGGUGAUAGUUCAUAUUGACAUACUAAUUUUGCGUGCUAUUUGUAUUUUCUUAUGGAUGUCUUUAUUUUUCUUAAUAUUAUCCUGUUUUUCUAAUUUAUUUUUGCUUCUCAUUUAUUAUAUGUGAUAGACACAAACCUCGAAUGUAAGAUAAACCUUUAUGGAAACGAAUCUUUACUAUUCCCAACAAAAUAACACAUUGUGUUCUGUGCUAAGGGAUUAAUUCUUUAAGAUUUUGACUAACUUUUUUCAGAUUGUAACUACUUAACGAAUUCGAACUUUAAAAUUUUGAUUCAAGAGUACAUUUAGUAUUAGAUUAUUGUAGCGUGUACAGUUCGGCACUUUACUUCUCUCACUGUGGAGUUAGUGUUUGUAAAACGUUUCUGGCAAUAAAAUAGUCCAAUCAA